GUUAAAGUAGGCAAAGGUUAAAGUAGGCAGCUGUCGGAGAAACAUUCUGGAAAGUAUAAUUCAUAAUUGUGGAGUUGAGGUCGCAAUCCCCAAACCUGAGUGUUCUGGUGCAGCGGAGUCCUCGGGCCUCCUCCUGAAACAGGCCCCGUUUAACGGCCGUUAGUCUUUGUUUUUGGUGGGUGUCCGCCAAUGUCGUGAUGUGACCGUGAGUGGGCGUGACCAUGCGUAGCCCACACUCUUUCCACCCCCCCCAACCAUUCUGAGCCAAAAUCUGCAUGUGCGGCUCUGCUGGUUUGUACACUUACUGCAGGAAAAGGCCAAUAUGAAGGGAAGAUGAAGGUGGGUGGGAUAAAAAGCAGCAAUCCCACAGAAUCCAACUCCUGUAACUCCCUGUAAACUUAACAGGGCUCUCAGCACCUAAAUGUCUGACUGAAUUCUUCCUGCACGUGGAGCAGAGAAAUUGUCUGACCCUGGUGUGACUGCACCAUUGGGUGGUCAGCUCAGCUGCAGGUUCCAGCAGGAGAUUUCGAAACAGUGGAAGUGUUUGCGAGUUUCACAGGGUAUUUGAAGAGGAGAAUUUGUAGUGGGGAGACUUAAAAUCAAACAUCACCAGAGUCUGAGAGAGUUGCCAGUUGAUUGCAGCCUUAAUAUUAUUGGAUCUUGAACAUGGAAGGGAAAAGCACCAUUCACAGUGGGGAGAAACUGUCCACGUGUUGUAUGUGUGGACAGGACUUCAGCAGGUCAUCUGCCUUGUCAGAACAUAAAUACAGUCACAAUGGGGAAAGGCAAUUCGUCUGUUCCCAGUGUGGGAAAGGAUUCCCUCCAUCAUCCACCCUGCUGAAACACCAGCAAGUUCACACUGAGGAGAGAUUGUUUAAAUGUUCAGAAUGUGGAAAGUGCUAUAAAAGUUCUGGCGCACUGAAGUUGCAUCAACGUGUUCACACUGGUGAGAGACCCUUCAGUUGUUCUCGCUGCGGGUCUAGAUUCAAGCAAUCAUCUGAUCUCAUCGAACACCAGCGGAUCCACACUGGGGAGAGACCAUUCAGCUGCUCAGCAUGUGGAAAGACAUUCGCUCGAAAAUCUACCCUCCUGAAACACCAGCAAGUUCACACAGAGGAGAGACCUUUUAAAUGCCCAGACUGUGGGACGUGCUAUAAAAGAUCUGGGGACCUGAUGUUACAUCAACGUGUUCACACUGAUGAGAGACCAUUUAGGUGCUCUCACUGUGGGACUGGGUUCAGGCGAUCAUUCCAACUCACUGUACACCAGCGAUCUCACACUGGGGAGAGGCCAUACACCUGCACUGAGUGUGGGAAGGGAUUUGCUCAGAAAUCCAACCUGCUGAAACACCAACAACUUCACACAGAGGAGAGACCUUUUGAAUGCCCAGACUGUGAGAAAUGCUUUAAACGAUCUGGGGACCUGAUGUCACAUCAACGUGUUCAUAGUGUCGAGAGACCGUUCAGAUGCUCUCACUGUGGGAGUGGGUUCAAGUGGUCAACCCAACUCACUGCACAUCAGCGAUCUCACACUGGGGAGAGACCAUACACCUGCACUGAGUGUGGGAAGGGAUUCACUGUGAAGUCCAGCCUGCUGAAACACCAGCGUUCUCAUGAGUGAUGACAGUGGCUGGUUUUUACUGUGAAUAUAUCCCUGUUUCAUAGUGUCCUUCCCUUUCUGCCAAAGGGUCUGUAUGACAAUGAAAUGUCACUUUGUGUUAAACAUACUGUAUCAAGUCUUUUUAAUAUCUCUAAUGUAUGUUAGUGCUCUUUCACAUUAUCUAUUUCUGACUGCAGGAAUUGGAUUUUGCUGUUAAUCUUAUCCAGGACAGAACCAUGUUUCCUGGGACCAUCUUCUGUUGGUCUGUAUAAAUUCCAACUUAGUUAUAGGUAUUAAUAAAGAGAUGAACAUACAGUUA